GAUUCUUCAUAAAUAUGUGAGGUGUAAAGGUAGUACUGGUAAUAAUAAUUUUGCAUAAUUAUAAAUCGCUGUAAAUAAGAUAAUCGUACUACCGUAUUGCGAUGAAUUGAAAAUUUAUUAGGUGUAAAUGUAAUAACAAUUUCCAUUGCUGUAUUUGCGAAUUUUAAUCGUUAAUUUUAAGCCAUCAUCAAGUAGAUGGCCUUGUGCUUUUAUAGGAGUGACAGAACCUAGCAGUAUGUCGAAAUUUUUUUUGAGCAGUGCAAGGAGAGAAAUGCCUCCAUUUUGUUUAUUUUCUUAAUGUGCUAAAAGUGAAGUGUCGGCACCUCGUAAACUGCACCGCUCAGGAUCAACUGCCGACAAUCGAUAUAACACAGUAAUUGUAUUAGCGGAGUGUUACAUUGAAAUCUGUAUAUAUGAUUCUUGCGAGCACCCCUCAUUCUGAGGGUUCAGAAAACAGCAGACAUUGGGCGCAUCGCGAGUAAGCAUUUUGUCAAAUUGACCACCGUCUCCGGCAAUAAAAAUACUACUCAUUCUGAAAACUUUAAUAAUUCGUACGGCUGUCUUAACCGCCCGGAAAAAAAUAGCAGUAAUUUUAAUUCGAAAAAAAAAGGUGUAGUUGUGUCGAACGCGAAAGACAAAACGGGGGCCCAAGAAACGCCACCCCUCACUAUGAACCACGUGACGAGUAAAGAAAGGGUUAGGAGGAGAAAUGGGAGGAACAAUUUAGAACCUCAAAAUAAUGAUGUGAAUGAUGUAGAAGAAAUGGAAACCCAAGAGGUCACUACAGUGGAAUAUAUGACAGAUACUGGAGGUGGUGAAAUGGACCAGAGUCAAAACGGUGAAGUUAUUAUAGGCCCUCAACCUGAUCCCAGCAUGCCCAAUGUUCAGGAUGCUGAGAUGGAAGAUGAGGCCCGUUCUGAAGCUACAUUUCGUUAUACACUUCCAAACUUUAGCAAACUAAAGGAUUCGGCUUUAUCACCUCCUUGCUAUGUUCGCAACCUGCCGUGGAAAAUUAUGAUAAUGCCACGUAGCAGCCAUACGCAAGACCGCAUGACCCAGAAGUCCCUCGGAUUCUUCUUGCAAUGCAAUGGCGAAAGCGAGUCGAGUUCGUGGUCUUGUUAUGCAGUUGCCGAACUUCGAUUGCUUUCAGUUAAGCCCGGUGUUGACCCAUUCACACGAAAAAUUCAACAUCUUUUUUAUUCGAAGGAGAAUGAUUGGGGGUUUUCACACUUCAUGUCAUGGAAUGACGUCCUAGAUCCUGAGAAGGGUUUUAUAAAGGAUGAUACUAUUACAUUAGAAGUUUAUGUUAUAGCAGAUGCACCGCAUGGAGUAUCGUGGGACAGUAAGAAACAUACUGGGUAUGUGGGAUUGAAGAAUCAGGGAGCGACAUGUUACAUGAACUCCCUUCUACAGACUCUUUACUUCACAAAUCAGUUACGCAAAGCUGUUUAUAAAAUGCCUACUGAAUCGGACGACUCCACCAAAUCGGUAGCUUUAGCUUUGCAACGGGUCUUUCACGAACUUCAAUUCAGUGAUAAACCGGUCGGCACAAAAAAACUUACCAAGAGCUUUGGUUGGGAGGCCUUGGACUCUUUUAUGCAGCACGACGUUCAGGAAUUUUUACGGGUCUUGUUAGAUAAACUAGAAAGCAAAAUGAAGGGGACAUGUGUCGAAGGAACAGUUCCGAAAUUAUUCGAGGGGAAAAUGAUAUCGUAUAUUCGCUGCAAAAAUGUUGAUUACACUAGCACGAGAACUGAAACAUUCUACGAUAUUCAGUUGAAUAUUAAAGGAAAAAAAAAUAUCGAUGAAUCGUUCAAGGAUUACAUAGCUAAGGAGACCUUGGAUGGAGACAAUAAGUAUGAUGCUGGCGAGCACGGACUGCAAGAUGCGGAAAAGGGCGUGAUAUUUUCCACAUUUCCACCCGUGCUCCAUUUACACUUGAUGCGAUUUCAGUACGACCCUGUAACCGAUUGUUCUGUUAAAUUCAACGACAGGUUCGAAUUCUACGAAAAGAUAUCACUCGACAGCUACCUACAAGAGCCAGAUCCGAACAAUCCCGCCAACUACACGUUACAUGCUGUCCUCGUACACUCAGGCGACAAUCAUGGCGGUCACUAUGUUGUCUUCAUUAAUCCCAAAGGUGAUGGUAAAUGGUGUAAAUUCGAUGACGAUGUUGUAUCACGAUGCACGAAACAGGAAGCAAUAGAGCACAACUAUGGUGGUCAUGAUGAUGACAUGAACAUGACUGUUAAACACUGCACUAACGCAUACAUGUUAGUUUAUAUUCGAGAUUCGGAACUGCACAACGUAUUACAGGAGGUAACUGACGCUGAUAUCCCGAGUGAGUUAGCGGAUCGUCUCGCUGAAGAGAAACGUAUGGAACAAAUACGUCGCAAGGAGCGCAACGAAGCUCAUUUAUAUAUGACUGUUAACGUACUGUUGGAAGACGCUUUUGACGGUCAUCAGGGUAAUGACCUCUAUGAUCCGGAACGAGCGGUUUACCGAGUGUUCCGUAUUAAGAAAACUGCCACCAUGUCUGAACUUAUGGAAAUGUUGGCUGACAGUUUCAAAUAUCCGCCCGAACAGUUACGAUUGUGGCCGUUCAGCCACCGCUCAAACCAGACUCUUAGGCCUAGCUUACUUGAUUUAGAGUCAGAUCUGCACAAGAACGUUAUAGAUGCAGCCGAAACUCAGAAUCCGUGGCACAUCUUUUUAGAAUUACUACCUCCUGAUUUGGAACAGACUGCGUUACCGACAUUCGAUAAGGAAACGGACGUUCUGCUCUUCUUCAAAUUGUAUGACGCAAAGCAGAAAAAGAUCCAUUACUGCGGACAUAGUUAUCUACCAGUUAACAGCAAAUUUUCCGAUCUCAUCCCCCUUUUGAACGAAAGAGCUGGUUUUCCACCCGAUACAGAGCUUGUUUUGUACGAGGAAAUACGGCCAAAUAUGACAGAAAAAAUUAGUAACCUCAGUGAACCACUUGAAAAGGUAUUGGAAGAACUCAUGGACGGGGACAUUAUAGUUUUUGAAAAAGAUGAGAGGGAAGAAUUGUCCGACCUACCAACGUGUAUAGACUAUUUCCGUGAUCUCUACUAUCGUGUCGAAGUGACUUUCGUUGAUAAGUGUAUACCAAACGAUCCCGGUUUCACAAUGGAGUUGUCGCAGCGCAUGACAUACGACCAACUAGCCCGGGCGGUCGCUCAAAGAGUUGGAACUGAUCCUUACCUUCUACAGUUCUUCAAAUGUCAAAGUUAUAAAGACAGCCCUGGACACCCGUUACGUUGUACAUUCGAGGGUACGCUCAAAGACCUACUCGUGUUCACAAAACCGAAGACGCCAAAGAAGAUUUUCUACCAGCAGCUUAGUAUUCGAGUCAAUGAACUGGAGAAUAAGAAGCAAUUCAAGUGCGUGUAUUUGUCUCCUAACUAUAAGGACGAAAAGGAAUUGAUAUUAUAUCCAAACAAAAAUGGAACAGUCGCUGAUUUACUCGAGGAAGCAAAGAAACAAAUAGAAUUUUCUGAAGGGUCUACCGGAAAGUUGAGGUUAGUCGAAGUUAACUGUAACAAAGUUCUCCCCGGUCCAAAAGAAGAUACCUCCUUAGAAAAUAUAAGUAUAUGUGCGACAAAAAUCUAUCGAAUAGAAGAGAUUCCGCCCGAUGAACUGAGACUUCAAGAUGACGAGGUGCUCGUACCCUGCGCGCAUUUUCACAAAGAGGUAUUCUCCACUUUCGGAACGCCUUUCUUUGUUAAAGUUAAGAACGGCGAAUCUUUCUCUAAAGUUAAAGAACGAAUUCAAAAGAAGCUUAAUGUGCCGGAAAAAGAGUGGGAGAAGUACAAGUUUGCGAUUGUGGUUUUGGGAAGGCCACAGUUUAUUACUGAGGACGAUUACGCAAUGAAUAUUAGUGAAUUUAAAACACAUCCCGGCAACAGUAGUAACCCGAAACCAUGGUUAGGCUUAGAACAUGUAAAUAAGGCUCCGAAACGGUCUCGUUUUAAUUACUUGGAAAAAGCGAUCAAAAUUUAUAAUUGAGACUGACUGCAGCUGUUACGUUUUCUCCCUUAUUACCGUUUUCUUGCAUUUUCGAUCCACUUAAAUUCCUUAUUCAUUCGUCCCCAGUUCCACCUUGUCUCUCUUUUCCCGUUCCUAAUUUGUUUGUUCCUUAAUUCAGUAUGGCUUUAUUGUUGCCAACCGAAACUGCAUAGCAAAAGUUACUACAACUACUAUUACAACUGUUACUAUUAUUACUACUACAACUACUAUUAUUACAGUAUACAUGCCCUCCCUCAUCUCUCUUUUAAACUUAUGACGAAGAAAAAAGUAGAAAACAAAAUGAACAGCAACAACACUUUCGUUUUUAAAUCGUAGAUUGUAUACAGUUUUUUACUGUAGGGGCCCUCUCCCUGUAUAUUUCGAGGUGCGCGGUUUAUGUGUGAUUUUACAAUUUUUUGAUUAUUAUUAUCUUCGCCGUCAUAAUCGUCUUUGUAAAUAUUAAUUGAUUUAUCGCUCGCUCGCCCCCUCCCUCCCUAAUCCGAAUUGUGGAAAUUUUUCGAUUAAUACUAUUAUUAUUAUUAUUAUAUUACUCACUGUUAAUUGUAUUUAUGUUGAGGAUGAUGAAGAUGUGUUUAUUACCUAUUAAAUUUGUGACGGACAUGAGCGAUUUUAAUUGCGCGACAUAUAACAUGUAUUUUUAUUUUGUUUUUCGCUUGACUAACCCAUUUUUUUGUAUAAAAAUAAUUAAAAAAGAAAAAGUGACGAACUAUCGUAGUACUUGAUUGUCUCGUUUCCUUUUUCUUUUUUUUUUUUUUAAUUAUUUCAAAGGAAGGAAUCGUCUAUUCGAUUGGCUUUUAUUAUUCCAACCACUGUUGUGUAACGCAUGUGUCUUUAUAAUCUAUUUUUGUUGCUGCUGUAAAUACCUACUACACAGGUGUAAUAUGUGAAAAUAUGUAUUUAUAUGGUAAUUGUACUUCUGAAUAAAUUCUACACAGUUGAAACGAUUA